UCACCACAAGUACGUGUGGUUAAUGCAGACAUGAUUUUAUUUGGUCUUUGAACAUCUAAACAUCUGUUUUAUUGCCAGAAAGGGUAAAACGUAUGCUUAUUUUUUCAAGCAUUGAUACUGGAAAUAAAGGACCCAUAUUAUUUUCAAGCAGAAUGUUACUUUUAUUGGCCCUGUGUUGGAUCACACGGUUGACAUCUGUUUAACUCAUUGGCUUCAAAACCGAAUAACUUUGUAUUAUUCUAGCCUGUUGAAACCAUUCAUUAUUAUUAUUGACCUCAUCACGAUCAGCUUCAUAUACCCUGAGGCAUUGUAGGUGUGCACGUUUGAGCAUGCUCGCCCUCUACAUCGACCCUGUUUGCUUGCCAGCUGUGCAGGAACCUCUGCUACCUGUGUGCGGUGGAAUCCAGAAAGAUAAGAGCAAGGCUGAUGCUUUUGGGGCCUACGAUUUGAAGAGCAGAGUGCAGCAGCUCGGGUAUUACCUGAAUAGGGAGUGGCAACCGGGCAACUGCAAAGGACGCAGGUUUCUCAAAGCCGAACAGGUCACCGCAUGCCUCCGCAGACGCAACGUCUACCUCUUGGGCGACUCCACCGUGCGUCAAUGGUACAACGUACUAGUGGACUCGGCCAUGCCCACCCUGAAGCAGAUUAACUUGCAUAUUCCAACAAUUCACCAACCUGCACUCGCCGUGGACCCCCAAAACGACAUCUUGCUGCGCUACAUUCCGCAUGGUUACCCAUACUUCUGUUCCCAGUUGCAGCGUGUCAAGGACUUUCGCCAUGCAGCGCUUGAGUCUGACGUCCCGGUGUUCCCUCUGAACCCUUUCCAUAUGCGCAAGUUGGAUGCCAUCUCCGGUGGGCCAAUGACGGCUGUGGCAGUGUCGCUGGGAGCCCACUUUGUGCCGUUCCCCUUGGUCGACGCGUCCCGGCGGUUACUGAACGUGCGCGCCGCGAUCCUACGACUGAUCGCACGCAGUCCGCAGACGACCAUUGUCAUCAAGACCAUUAAUAUGCGCGAGACGGGCAUCAAUCUUGCCAGUUUCAGCAACUGGCUGGCAUUCCGCAUUUGGGCGUUGACACGACGUGUGUUUAUGGACCUCCCCGUUGUGAUAAUUGACGCAUGGGAAAUGACGGCGUCGCUCAAUAGCUUUGCUCUACACCCGGCUGAGUGGAUCGUGCACAACGAGGUGGAUCUCUUCCUGGCACACGUGUGUCCAACAUAA